AUGCAGAUGUCAAGGCCUCAGGUGGAAAACCCGAAGCUAAAACACCACGUGUAUAACAAACACAAAGAAGAGAAUGCGUUGGAAAAAAAAGUUGCAAUAAAAUUAAAAACUUAUUCCUGUGUGUACUGUGACUAUACAUCAGUGGAAAACCACAAACUUCAAAUACACAUCUACAACAAACAUAAAGAGCAAAAUGAGCUGGAAAAAAAAGUGGAGAUAAAAAUAAAAACCUACUCUUGUAUGUACUGUACACUUACCACAACUGAAAACAUCACACUGCAAAGGCACAUCUAUAGAAAACAUUACGUGGAGUUGGAAAACAAGGAUAAAAAGGCAUUAACUCACUCUUGCGUGUACUGUGACUAUACAACUUUGGCUAGACGCAAUCUACUAAACCACAUUUAUAAAAAACACAAGGAACAAAACGAUUUGGAAAAUAAAGUGACACUGAAGAUUUUCUCUUGUUUCUACUGUAAGUUUACAUCAGCGGAAAACAAAAGGGUGCAGAAGCAUAUGUAUAGCAAACAUCAAGGACAAUACGAGUCGGAACAUAAAGUAAAAUUGAAAGUAAGGACUUACUCUUGCAUGUUCUGCGACUUCACAACUGUGGAACAUAAAAGUUUGCAAAACCACACGUACAACAAACAUGUAAAAAAGAAAAUUAGACCAGAAUACGAAGUAACUCAACACAUGAUCAACGACCAUACACAAAAACUAACUAAUAAAAAUCAAUUGUUAAAUAAAGUAAAACUGCAAAUAAAAACUUACUGUUGUGUGUACUGUGACUAUUCAACAGUGAGAAACAAUGAUUUACAAAUGCACAUCUUUAGAAAACAUAGAGAACAAAAUGAGUUGGAAAAGAAAGUUAAACUACAAAUAAAAACUUUCUAUUGUGUGUACUGUAACUAUUCAACAGUGAGAACCAAAACUUUACAAAUGCACAUCUUUAGGAAACAUAAAGAACAAAAUAAGUUGGAAAAUAAAGUAGAACUGCAAAUAAAAACUUGCUGUUGUGUGUACUGUGACUAUUCAACAGUAAGAAGCAAUGAUUUAGAAAUGCACAUCUUAAGAAAACAUAAAGAACAAAAUGAGCUAGAAAAAAAAGUAGAAAUAAAAAUAAAAACUUACCAUUGUGACUACUGUGACUACAUAACAGUGGAAAACCCGAAGUUAAAACACCACGUGUAUAACAAACAUAAAGAAGAGAAUGCGUUGAAAAAAAAAGUUGCAAUAAAAUUAAAAACUUAUUCCUGUGUGUACUGUGACUAUACAUCAGUGGAAAACCAUAAACUUCAAAUACACAUCUACAACAAACAUAAAGAGCAAAAUGAGCUGGAAAAAAAAGUGGAGAUAAAAAUAAAAACCUACUCUUGUAUGUACUGUACACUUACCACAACUGAAAACAUCACACUGCAAAGGCACAUCUAUAGAAAACAUUACGUGGAGUUGGAAAACAAGGAUAAAAAGGCAUUAACUCACUCUUGCGUGUACUGUGACUAUACAACUUUGGCUAGACGCAAUCUACUGAACCACAUUUAUAAAAAACAUAAGGAACAAAACGAUUUGGAAAAUAAAGUGACACUGAAGAUUUUCUCUUGUUUCUACUGUAAGUUUACAUCAGCGGAAAACAAAAGGGUGCAGAAGCAUAUGUAUAGCAAACAUCAAGGACAAUACGAGUCGGAACAUAAAGUAAAAUUGAAAGUAAGGACUUACUCUUGCAUGUUCUGCGACUUCACAACUGUGGAACAUAAAAGUUUGCAAAACCACAAGUACACAAAACAUGUAAAAAAGAAAAUUAGGCCAGAAUACGAAGUAACCCAACACAGGAUCAAAGACCAUAAACAAAAACCAACUACUAAAAAGCGUUCUUGCAUGUACUGUGACUAUGCAUCAAGAAGUAAUCUAGAGUUACAAAAGCACGUAUAUAGAAAACAUAAAGAACAAAAUGAUUUAGAAAAUAAAGUAGAACUACAAAUAAAAACUUACUCUUGUGUGUACUGUGACUUUUCAACAGUGGAACAACGUGAUUUAAAAAACCACAUAUACGGUAAACACAAGGAACAAAAUCAGUUGGAAAAUAAAGUAGAACUACAAAUAAAAACCUACCAUUGUGUGUACUGUGACUAUUCAACAGUGAGAUUCAGUGAUUUACAAAAGCACAUCUUUAGAAAACAUAAAGAGCAAAAUGAGUUGGAAAAUAAAGUAGAACUACAAAGAAAAACUUGCUAUUGUGUGUACUGUGACUAUACAACAUUGAGAAACAGUGAUUUACGAAUGCACAUCUUUAAAAAACAUAAAGAACAAAAUGAGUUGGAAAAUAAAGUAGAACUACAAAUAAAACCUUACUAUUGUGCGUACUGUGACUAUUCAACGGUGAGAAACAGUGAUUUACAAAGGCACAUCUUUAAAAAACAUAAAGAACAAAAUGAGUUGGAAAAUAAAGUAGAACUACAAAUAACAACUUACUACUGUGUGUAUUGCGACUAUUCGACAGUAAGAAACCCAAAUUUACAAAGGCACCUCUAUAGAAAACAUAAAGAACAAAAUGAGUAA